UUCCUGACCCAGGGAUGGAACCUGGGUCUCUUGCAUUUCAGGCAGACGCUUUACUGCGUUGAGCCACCAAGGACUGAAAAGUACAAGCAGGCCGCUGCUGAAAAAGGCUGUGAUGAGGGAGACUUUCAGGGUGAAUGGACUGCUCCAGCCCUGGGCUGACGGCUACUCAGCCUGAGGUCCCAGACUGGUCUCAAGGCACACAGGUGCCCCCUGUAGACACAGUCCAGCGGUUCCCUGCUGAGGGCUGGAGCUCUCAUCCAGCCACUGGACAUCUAGUUAAAUCCGAUAUUCAGAGAAAUACUGAAUAAUUUUUAGUAUAAAUAUACCCUAGGCCUUAUUUGGGACACACAGAUAACUAAAAAAAAUUGUAUUUGUUCAUCUGCAAUUCAGACUUCACCUGGUUGACCCAGCCUGCCAGCAGCAGGAGAAGAGGCAGGAAUGUGGGCAGAGGCCUGUGUGAUCUGAGUCCUCUCUUUCCUCACUCUGAGCCUCAGAUCCCUCCAUCUGGCUCCCCUACAGACCCCAUGGGCAUAGGGGCCAGUGUGGAGAGACGAGGAACUCAGCCGCUCACUGGACGGCUGGGAAGGGUGGCCGAGGCUGGCUGAGCCUUCAGAAAGGUGAGAGACCCAGGCCCCAGGACCCUCUCUGUAGACACCCCUGGCCCAGACCUGGGGGUACAGGGCACUAGGAAAGGGUCUUCUUUUCCUUGUUUUAUUUAGAUGAUUUCAUUAUGAAGCCCAGAAAAGUCUACAAAAAAAUAAAAUAACACCCACCACUCAGCUCACAAAUGAAAACUGACCCAGGCAGCAGAACCUUCCCCCUGUCACUCGCCCCAGGCUUUCUUGGCGUUGGCUUUGUCCACCGUGUCCAUCUGCAGCCCAGAUGCUGUCCUUAUCUGGACUGCUGGGGGGCCACAGAGCUGGCAAAGGCAGGUCCCAGUGUUGAAAGCUGCCUCUCAAGCCAGCCAGGCCUGGGAUCGUGGUGAGGGCUCCCUGGGGCUGGCCUCCUAACACGUGCCCUGUUCUGCAACCCCCACCCACCCCCUGCAGGUGUCUGAGAUGCCGCUGCCGCAGAAGAAGCGCUGGGAGUCCAUGGCCAAGGGGCUGGUGCUGGGCGCACUCUUCACCAGCUUCCUGCUGCUGCUGUACUCCUAUGCCGUCCCCCCGCUGUACACUGGCCUGGCUUCCACGACCCCCGAGGGCGCGGCCCCCUGCUCCCCGGCCCCGAGUGAGCCAGAGGCGCCCACCCCGGCCAACGGCUCGGCGGGCGGCUGCCAGCCGCGGCGGGACAUCGUGUUCAUGAAGACGCACAAGACGGCCAGCAGCACGCUGCUCAACAUCCUGUUCCGCUUCGGCCAGAAGCACGGGCUCAAGUUCGCCUUCCCCAACGGCCGCAACGACUUCGACUACCCCGCCUUCUUCGCGCGCAGCCUGGUGCAGGACUACCGGCCCGGGGCCUGCUUCAACAUCAUCUGCAACCACAUGCGCUUCCACUACGACGAGGUGCGGGGCCUGGUGGCGCCCAACGCCACCUUCAUCACCGUGCUCCGCGACCCCGCCCGCCUCUUCGAGUCCUCGUUCCACUACUUCGGCUCCGUGGUGCCCUUCACGUGGAAGCUCUCGGGCCGCGACAAGCUGGCCGAGUUCCUGCAGGACCCCGACCGCUACUACGACCCCCGCGGCUACAACGCCCACUACCUCCGCAACCUGCUCUUCUUCGACCUGGGCUACGACAGCGACCUGGACCCCGGCAGCCCGCAGGUGCAGGAGCACAUCCUGGAGGUGGAGCGCCGCUUCCACCUGGUGCUGCUGCAGGAGUACUUCGACGAGUCGCUGGUGCUGCUCAAGGACCUGCUGUGCUGGGGGCUGGAGGACGUGCUCUACUUCAAGCUCAACGCCCGCCGCGCCUCGGCCGUGCCGCGCCUCUCGGGCGAGCUGUACCGGCGCGCCACGGCCUGGAACGUGCUGGACGCGCGCCUCUACCACCACUUCAACGCCAGCUUCUGGCGCAAGGUGGAGGCCUUCGGGCGCGAGCGCAUGGCCCGCGAGGUGGCCGCCCUGCGGCGCGCCAACGAGCGCAUGCGCCGCAUCUGCAUCGACGGCGGCCACGCGGUGGACGCCGCGGCCAUCCAGGACUCGGCCAUGCAGCCCUGGCAGCCGCUGGGCGCCAAGUCCAUCCUGGGCUACAACCUCAAGAAGAGCAUCGGGCAGCGGCACGCGCAGCUCUGCCGGCGCAUGCUCACGCCCGAGAUCCAGUACCUGAUGGACCUGGGCGUCAACCUGUGGAUCACCAAGCUCUGGAAGUUCAUCCGGGACUUCCUGCGGUGGUGACGCCGGGGCCCCCGCCGAGGAGGGCCCGGCGGGGGUCCCGCCGGCCAUCCCCCUGCGGCCCCUCCUGGUGCCACCCCAGUCCCUGGGGUGAGGUGGGGCUGUUCGCAGGGGUGUGACCAGCCAAGGACUGGGCCCACCGCGCACAGGGCCCAACUGAGAUCAGUAUUUGACUAAUUAGAGUUUUUCUUUUUUUUUAAAUUAAGUCCCCCUACCCUCCCCCCAAAACGAAUGUUCUAUUUUCUGGCUCCCCUUAAAGGGGAGACCUCAGAAGUAAAAGAAUUUGAUGCGUUUUUGUUAA